AUGGAACCCUCGGUCAAGCGGCGGCGACUGAGCCAGCACCCCCAACUAUGGCAUGACGAGGCAGAGGGGGGCGAUGAAGAGUGGGAGGAAUACGGCGAAGAUGAUGACAGCGGAGAGCCGGCAGCUGAGCAACGUGAGGGCUCUAUUGAGCAGGAGCAGGAUGAUGGCUAUCAGCUUGCUAUUGAAAAAGCCUAUGCUGACAGUCGGUUUCAAGCUACCAUGGCUCGCAUUUACAAAAAGUACGGUCGAGAUUUCGAGGGUAUCGGCGACGAGAUUGACUUGUCUACGGGCGAAAUUGUUGUCAACAACGGGCACAUUGAGAAUAUGCGCCACGAGGUCGACGUUGGGGUUGUGCCAGGAAACUACAGCCAAGAUAUUGACGACGAUAACGACGACGACAAUGAAGAUGGAAUUCUGCUAGGAGAUCUCGCCGACAAAUUAGGCCCCAACGACGAUGUAGACGAUGAUGAGAGCCAGAGUUGGACAAGUGAUGCAGAAGAUGGAGAAAUGAUGUCGGAAGACAUGCACCUCGCAAUGCUGCAGCGAUUUGGCAAGGGUUCCACCGACGGGAUGCCUAACUAUGAUGCGACAGCAGAGGGAGUCCCAAGUGUCAUGUCUGGACUCUAUGGCGGCGGCGGCCUGCGUUAUGCUUCUGGAUUGAACGAUUUUGGAGCAUCACCAUUUGCUCUGUCACCUUGGGAUAUGCUGCCUCAAACUCUCGAAAGGUAUGCGUUUCCCAAGGAGGAUAGUUGCAGCUCUAUUCGGUCCCCUGGUUACCGUCUCAAGGAACGCGAACCCGAUGAACGCUCUAAAAGUAAAAGAGCGCGAUUGAGUACGUCCAGGGCUUGGCCAGGAAGCAAGCAACCCAGGUCUAUCCCACCCGCAAGGACUCUCAAUACAGGAUCACCAAUUCCUACAGGUUCAAACAAGCGACCUGCAGAUUCUUUUGUGGAACGCCUUGAUAAGCACCCGAACGGGAAGAGACCAAUGCCUAUGGGAAGCAAGUUCCUGGUCGAGGCUAUGGAUGAUAGCGAUACAGAUGAUGACGACGUAUUCUCUUCAGGGGAUUUAUCGGGAGAUACUGAUACUGGGGAUACAACAGACGAAGUUGGACAGUCCAAUAUGGCUGCCCGGCCAUCAUCAAGUGGCAGAAUCAUACCUGAUUCCCAGGAGUCGUAUGCGCCAUUAGACGCUCAGUCGGACAAACCCCCUGGCAAGCCAAACCAUCUGCAGCCUGCAAAAUCCAAACCUCAGGACUUUGACUCUGCAUGUGUGCUCUCGGAUGAUGAAUCGCCGUUAUACUCACAACCACCUGCGCCAGGUAAUACUAUCAACCCUAUCAAGCCCGCCAACCCGACACCAACGGCGAAUGCUCUCUUGGGCCACAAUGUCAACGCAGAUGGCACGGUACCUAAACGAGGUCGCGGCCGGCCUAGGAAAUGGCCUCCAGGCUAUCGACCCCCUCGUUCGCGAAAAAAGAAACCCAAACCCUCUUUACAAGAGCUCUCUGACAUGCCGGGAUUUCCUUCUGGAUCGACAAUGCCAGUCAUGCCGAGCUUUCUAAGUCCUCUGAAUGUAUCGAAAGCACCAACCGCACCAGCAACGCAACCAGUUCGAGUUGAGGCGGUUCCUGGCCAGAAAAGAAAGCGAGGCCGGCCUCGGAAAUACCCCAUCCCUGGAAGCAUACCGCAGCAGAAUCCGAACAGUCCUCUCAAGCAGACUCAGCAGCCCAUCCAGCAGCCGCUACUGGAGACAUUACACCCCGAUAUUCAGCAGCAAGCGUUUCAAUAUCCUUUCCACCCCUUGUUCCAGCAGCCCCUCUUCCAGUUACCCCAGCAAAUGGGUUACCAAGCAUGGCAACACCCAUAUCUUGCACAGCCCAUGUUCCAAUUUCAACAACAGAUGUUUCGACACCCAAUUCAGCAGCUUGUGCAACAACCCAUUAUGCCCUACAGCCCAGCUCAGCCGCACACACCAUCUCAACCUAUAAAGAGAAAACGAGGGCGACCAAGGAAGUAUCCCAUUCGGUUCGAUCCUAUGUACCCUGGCUCCGGAAUGAAUCGGAAGAAGGCAUCUCGUCAGCUGCCACUUGGUUUACAAAACAGCAUGACUGCCCUCUUGAGUGGGCAGUCCGGUCGUACGAUGGGUUCAGAAGAUGCAUGGUACGGCGUUGCUCGACAACUAGCCCAGGAUAUUGCAUGUCUCCAGGGCGGGUCUUUACUCACCAACCAGUUCCAUGCUGAGACUCACUCGGCUAGCAGGAAGUCACACUCGCCAUCGAGGAAUUUUGAAGGACAAAUAGAUGAGGGUUCUGUGCACCAACAAACAGACGAUGAACAGCGACGGGUUACGGAGUUAUCAGAAAUCAGCGAUGCUGAGGCCGUUGCAACAGAGACUCAGGACUCCCAACCUGAGAAUGUUGUUUCUGAUCUGCAUGCCCUGCCCCUUGUGGAUCAACCCUCCUUUGAGUCAACGCCUUUUGAACCCAACGUGCUUGAUCCGGCUUUAUUGGAGCCUGCUCUGACAACGGAUAUGCUCGACAAUGCUUCAUUCGAAGGCUCCAGGCCUGAUGGUCCGUCUGCGUUUGACUCAGACCCAUUUGACUCGGAUAUGAUUGAUCCAGCUUUGGCCGACGAGGCCGUGACAGAUGAGGCAUCAACCAAACUGCAUGUAACAGAGCCUUCUGUUGCUGAAGCAGGUUCCAUGUCAACCGAGAUAGAUGCGUUUGAUCCAUCAUUGAUCGACCCGGCUCUGUUGGUUGAGGCUUCCGACUCACCAGCGGGAGAAGAUGACACUGGGUUCGUUAUGAUGGAGUCACCCAAGAGCAUGGUACGGAGUGUGCAGCCGACCCCUUCACCUCCAAGUCCACCUCCCAGCAGUCAGAGCAUGUCGCCUUUGAAAGAACCUGAACGCUUCACACCGUCUUCGGCAAAGAUACCUGCCUUCAAUAGCCACACGCCUACGUCACUUGAGUCCGCCGAUGGUGCCACAUCUAAACCGCACGAACCUGGCAAUUACGACCUCCCCUCAUCGCCAGAGCCAAUUUGCGAUCAGGUGACGACAGCAGUAGUGCCAGUUAAUGAACCUGCCGCGGAAUGUAAAGAGAUCGCGGGCCACACACAUUCUUAUGUCAAGGAGCAUACCCCUGCCUUCUCGCCCCGUCGUGAGAAAACGCAACCGCCCGACUGUGCAGUUAUAGCAAGCAGCACAAAUGCCGAAGAGCUGCCCCCUCCAGGAACACCAGGAACGACGAUAGAGCCAAUUGUUGACGAACAGGAAAUAACAGUGGGCAAUAAGGAUGGCCUCGAAUCACUUGACAAGGCAGUUGAAAGCCCACUCACUGUAGUGAACUCUUUGCUGCAGCCGAACAAGACGCCGGAAAGACCAGAGCGACCAGACAAGCAACUACCACUGCUACGUGAAAGCCACCAAGCUCAUCAAAUUGCGUCAGCUGUGGAGAUGAAGCCAUCUCCGAUAACGACGAGACCUCGAACCCCGGAACCUCCCAAGCCAAUGGGAAUACCGAGUCAAACUCCGGUAAAACUGCCAGCAGGGCGCUCUCCUAAGGUACCCAGGUCUGCCGAACGGUGUACUCCGAUAUUUUUAGAAUCGCCUAUCUUUGUAAGGUCACCUGUUCGCAGUCCUCCCAAGAAACGACCUACAAUAGAGAGGCGGACAAUGGGCGAUCUCAAGCAGGCCAUUUUAGAACCAUGGCAAAAGACGAAAGAGCCAAGACCGACAAUACAGCAACCGAAAGUGAAGCCCAUUGAGCAGGAAACCAGCCACUUGUCCUCGUCUGGAAAAUCAAGGACGAAAUUGCCUCACUCUCCAGCAAGACCAAUUUCGACGUUAUCCAAGACGGAUAGACCGGCCGUCCCGGUGACGUCGAAGACCACAAUUUCGAUGUCAUCCAAGACGGAUAGACCGUCUGCGUCGAAGCCGCCUACACCCGUGGAACACGGGUCAAAGAGCAGAAAAAAAUCAGGGUCACGACGCUCCCUCCUCUCACUAUUUUCAGGUGAUGCCAGUACGAAAGGUUUCGACGACGAAGUUGACGAGCUCGAUGAUUCUUUCAAGUCUAAGCCACCGUCAUCGUCUUCAUCCUCAACCAAGCCAUCCAAGACUUCGGCAAGCAAUAUCUCCCGAGAUAAACCAGGAAGUCUGUCAAAUACCGAGUCACAUGCAGCUUCUAAGGAGAAGAAGUCCCACAAAGAUAAACCUCAUGAAGAGCCCAUACGGAACGGAAAGGAAAAAGAGAGGGGCAAGAAAAAGAAGAAACGGCGUCACACGGAUGGACCGCGCUCAAAGACAGCGGCUGGUGACAAGGAAUGUGGUGUGGAUGGAUAUACCUGCAACAAGGACUUUUGUUUUACUUGUCUAUGA